CAAGUUGCGGAGCGAUUGGAGCGCUUCCGCGACCCGGAGCCCAGCGGCCGCGGCGCCCGGGAUCCCGGCCCGGCCCCGCCCGCUGGGGGCCCCUGCCGGCGGAGGCCGCCGGGCGGGGGCGGGGAAAAUCAACUUGGGGCGCCACGCAGCUCCGCUCUUGGGAGAGCACCGCGCCGGGGAGCGCCACCUCGGCGGCCAGACGGCGCGAGCCGAGCGCGGCUAGCGGAAUCCGCCAACGGCAUCCGCGCUGCAGCCCCGGCCUUGGCGAGAGCGCGAAUAUUUCUCAAACGUCUCAAACUUUCCUCCUUUCCCCGCUUUUCGGGGUCUCUUUUGACUGGAAUUGUUUUCCUGAUUCCCGCGGGGCGCCCGGGCGCAAUUCCUCCCCGGGGUUCCUCUGUGGCUGGGGUAACUUCGCGGACCCGGGGCCCCGUGGCUCUCACCCCUCGGCGAAGCCCAGCCCGCGCUGCUCUCCCGCUCAGGAGGGCCGGGACCCGGGCUCCUUCGCCUCCGGGAGGGCGCCCAGCCCGGCUCCCUUGCACCCGCCGCAGGACUGGAGACAGCGGAUUAACCAGAGAGGAGCUGGGGCCUCUCCGCACCCGCUUCGCGGAGGGACGUCCUCUGGGCGGGGAAACAAGUUUAUCAGUCGUCGGUGGCCUGUUGGAUCCAAGCUCCACCGCCGACGCAGAGGGGUUCCUGCGCCCAGUAUUCCGAGCUGAGAGCCCUGGGGACUUGGGGCGGCUCCACAACCGGGCUCCUCGGGCCGGGGCGCUGGCUGCUGCGCCGGGCGCGCGGAGGCACCCGGGGCCGGGCCAGCGCCCCCUGCGUCCCCACACGGGCAGCGGCGCCGGAGGAGAAGCCCGGGUCGCCGCCGCCGCCACCACCGCCUCCUCAGUCUGCGGGCCUCCGUCGCCGCUGCCGCCCCCUCCGUCGCCUCUCGGGGAAGGGGGAGACGCAGGAGGCAUUGCGGGGCUCCGGCGGAUGCGCCCCCCGCCGCCUUUUGGGCUGCGCCGCCUCGCGGGGAUGAAGCACCGGCCGUGAAGAUGGAGGUGACCUGCCUUCUACUUCUGGCGCUCAUCCCCUUCCACUGCCGAGGACAAGGAGUCUACGCUCCAGCCCAGGCCCAGAUCGUGCACGCGGGCCAGGCAUGUGUAGUGAAAGAGGACAACAUCAGCGAGCGAGUCUACACCAUCCGGGAGGGCGACACCCUCGUGCUGCAGUGCCUUGUCACCGGGCACCCUAGGCCCCAGGUGCGGUGGACCAAGACUGCUGGCAGCGCAUCAGACAAGUUCCAGGAGACAUCGGUGUUCAACGAGACGCUGCGCAUUGAGCGCAUUGCGCGCACGCAGGGCGGCCGCUACUACUGCAAGGCUGAGAAUGGUGUGGGUGUGCCCGCCAUCAAGUCCAUCCGCGUGGAUGUGCAGUACCUGGAUGAGCCCGUGCUGACGGUGCACCAGACAGUGAGUGAUGUUCGAGGCAACUUCUACCAGGAGAAGACGGUGUUCCUGCGCUGCACUGUCAACUCCAACCCGCCUGCUCGCUUCAUCUGGAAGAGGGGCUCUGACACCCUGUCCCACAGCCAGGACAAUGGGGUGGACAUCUACGAGCCCCUCUACACCCAGGGGGAGACCAAGGUCCUGAAGCUGAAGAACCUUCGGCCCCAGGACUACGCCAGCUACACCUGCCAGGUGUCUGUACGCAACGUGUGCGGCAUCCCGGACAAGGCCAUCACCUUCCGGCUCACCAACACCACGGCACCACCAGCCCUGAAGCUGUCUGUGAACGAAACUCUGGUGGUAAACCCUGGGGAGAAUGUGACGGUGCAGUGUCUGCUGACAGGCGGUGAUCCCCUACCCCAGCUGCAGUGGUCCCAUGGGCCAGGCCCUCUUCCCCUGGGGGCUCUGGCCCAGGGUGGCACCCUCAGCAUCCCUUCAGUGCAGGCCCGGGACUCUGGCUACUACAACUGCACAGCCACCAACAAUGUGGGCAACCCCGCCAAGAAGACCGUCAACCUGCUGGUGCGAUCCAUGAAGAACGCCACAUUCCAGAUCACCCCAGAUGUGAUCAAAGAGAGCGAGAAUAUACAGCUGGGCCAGGAUCUGAAGCUGUCGUGCCAUGUGGAUGCAGUGCCCCAGGAGAAGGUGACCUAUCAGUGGUUCAAGAACAGCAAGCCGGCACGCAUGUCCAAGAGGCUACUGGUGACUCGAAACGACCCUGAGUUGCCUGCCGUCACGAGCAGCCUCGAGCUCAUUGACCUGCACUUCAGCGACUACGGCACCUACCUGUGUGUGGCUUCCUUCCCAGGGGCACCUGUGCCCGACCUGAGCGUCGAGGUCAACAUCUCCUCUGAGACAGUGCCGCCCACCAUCAGCGUGCCCAAGGGCAGGGCCGUGGUGACCGUGCGCGAGGGCUCGCCCGCCGAGCUGCAGUGCGAGGUGCGCGGCAAGCCGCGGCCGCCCGUGCUGUGGUCCCGCGUGGACAAGGAGGCUGCGCUGCUGCCCUCCGGGCUGCCCUUGGAGGAGACCCCGGAUGGGAAGCUGCGGCUGGAGCGCGUGAGCCGCGACAUGAGUGGGACCUACCGCUGCCAGACGGCUCGCUAUAAUGGCUUCAAUGUGCGCCCCCGAGAAGCCCAGGUGCAGCUGAACGUGCAGUUCCCGCCGGAAGUGGAGCCCAGCUCCCAGGAUGUGCGCCAGGCUCUGGGCAGGCCUGUGCUCCUGCGCUGUUCGCUCCUCCGUGGCAGCCCCCAGCGCAUCGCCUCGGCCGUGUGGCGCUUCAAAGGGCAGCUGCUGUCUCCGCCGCCAUCCGUCCCCGUCGCCGCCGAGGCCCCCGACCACUCCGAGCUGCGCCUCGACGCCGUCACCCGCGACAGCAGCGGCAGCUACGAGUGCAGCGUCUCCAACGACGUGGGCUCGGCAGCCUGCCUCUUCCAGGUCUCGGCCAAAGCCUACAGCCCGGAGUUUUACUUCGACACCCCCAACCCCACCCGCAGCCACAAGCUGUCCAAGAACUACUCCUACGUGCUGCAGUGGACCCAGAGGGAGCCGGAUACUGUCGACCCUGUGCUCAACUACAGACUCAGUGUCCGCCAGUUGAAUCAGCACAAUGCCAUGGUGAAGGCCAUCCCAGUGCGGCGUGUGGAGAAGGGGCAGCUGCUGGAGUACAUUCUGUCUGACCUCCGUGUGCCCCACAGCUAUGAGGUCCGCCUCACGCCCUAUACCACCUAUGGGGCUGGUGACAUGGCCUCCCGCGUCAUCCACUACACAGAGCCCAUCAAUUCUCCCAGUCUAUCAGACAACACCUGCCACUUUGAGGAUGAGAAGAUCUGUGGCUACACCCAGGACCUGACAGACAACUUUGACUGGACACGGCAGAAUGCCCUCACCCAGAACCCCAAGCGUUCUCCCAACACCGGUCCCCCAACUGAUAUCAGCGGCACCCCUGAGGGCUACUACAUGUUCAUAGAAACAUCAAGGCCCCGGGAGCUAGGGGACCGUGCACGGUUGGUGAGUCCCCUGUAUAAUGCCAGCGCCAAGUUCUACUGCGUCUCCUUCUUCUACCACAUGUAUGGGAAGCACAUCGGCUCCCUCAACCUCCUGGUGCGGUCCCGGAACAAGGGGGCCCUGGACACGCACGCCUGGUCCCUCAGUGGCAAUAAGGGCAAUGUGUGGCAGCAGGCCCAUGUGCCCAUCAACCCCAGCGGGCCUUUCCAGAUUAUUUUUGAGGGGGUUCGAGGCUCGGGCUACUUGGGGGAUAUCGCCAUAGAUGAUGUCACACUGAAGAAGGGAGAAUGUCCUCGGAAGCAGAUGGAUCCUAAUAAAGUGGUGGUGAUGCCCGGCAGUGGAGCCCGCCGCCAGCCCUGCCCGCAGCUCUGGGGGCCCGUGGCCAUCUUUCUCUUGGCGUUGCAGAGAUGAUGAGAGCUACGUGGACCCCCACCCCGCCCCCGGCACACCAAAGUGUCUGCAUCGUACCAAAGACUGACCCCCGCUAGCCGGGGUGCCCGGGGCAGGGCCAGCCCACCAGGGAGGGGGCCUGCGUUGGCUGCGAGGAUGAGCAGUGAACAAGGACAGAGGCCUGGCACUGAGGCCCUGCAGACGGUCGUUCAACACAUGCACACACUCACACACCCACACUCACACACACACAGAGAUCUAUUAAAGCACAAGUUUCUAUCUGACCUGCCAGCACCUUCUUUACUGCAGAGACGGGACUCACCGGAAUGGUGUCUGCCUCCCCAGGAACCUUGCUGCCACGUAGGCCUUGUCCUGGCUGCACCUGUGGUGUGUUUCUGCCCUUCCCCCACCCCUAAUUUUAAGGCUGAGCUCCCGCCAGGUGGCUUUACCAGAAGGGAAACAGAAACGGGGGCCCUGCUCUUGGCUGGACUCUGGGACUCCCUGGGAUGGGGAGCCAUCAGAGGGGGCCAGGCGGGACUUUGUGAGCAACUCUGUUCCCAGGACAAGGGCCGAAAGGUGGAGACCCCAGGCCACCCAGAUCCCCUGACCUGUACCUGGGAUGUCGUAUUCCCCCCUCACUGUGCCCCCUUUGAAGGGACCCAGCACCGGGUCUUGAGCCCUGAAGAUUGACACCUUCCCCUUCCACCCCCAGCUCCCCUCCUGAAGCAGCUGGCUUCCUGAGAAUACAGUCCCCACCCUAAUCCACUGGCCUAACCUCAGCCCCCAGCUGCCUCUCUGAGGAGCCAAGGGAGUGAGUGGUGGCCAGGCCAUUUUUUUGGAGCGAGGCUUGACUUGAAAGGGGCAGAGAAGUCGUGCUUUCACAAUUUGGGGUUCCCAUAUAGAACACUGAACUUGAGAGUAGAAUGGAACUUCCAUUUCUUAUGUACUUUGCAUGAGGGGUACCCUGGAUGGGACGGUGUGUGUAGGGAGGCUGCCCCUGCCCUCUCCACUGCGAAGCACCUUCUAGUUGGCUGUUCCCUUCCCACCCAGGGUCAGUGAAGGAGGAGGCGUUUGCAGAGCUGGGGUGAGGGGUGGGGCAGUCGCUGGUCCCCCUGUUCCUUGGGAGCUGAGACCAUGCCCCCAGCUUUGAAAGGGUUCCCUGUCCUUGGGUUCGGGGUCAGGAGCCUGAGUUGGGCACGAUGGGAUCUAGACCUCUCAGCAUCACCCCUGAACCCCCACCCAGCCGUCCAUGGGAGAGAGGAGGCCCUUUUCAGAAUGAGUCUUCUUGCAUGUGUGCAAGAGGCUGCAUGUCUGUGUGUGUAUGUGUGCAUAUGUGUGGACACAUUUGUGUCUAUGUAGCACUGUGGGUACAUCUCUGGGCAGGAGUGUGUGCAACUAUGACCAUGCGUGUGCAAUGAUACAUAUCUGUGAGGCUGGGUCUGCACCCUGUCCCUGUGAGUGCCUGUGUGUAUGCACGUCCGUCUUCAUGAGUGACAGGAAUGCUUGUGGAGUGCUGGCCAAAUACGCCACCUCCAGCCCUAUUCUGUAGUCUCAAGCUGCCUUGCCACCACCUGAAUUUCUACCUUUCAUCCUCUAUGGAUGACAAAGAGCUUAUAGAUGACCCUAUUGGAAUGCAACAACCUUUGGAAAGGAGAGUCACUGGGCUUCUCCUGGCGCAUUCGGUGGGGACAGCUGCAGAGACGAGACAGCACUGCCAUGCCAGGAGGCAGGCAGGGAACCAAGGCAAACGCUGCCCAUCUCACCGCUCUGCCAGGCCUGAGUUACCAUCAUCACCAACAGCUGGUGGGUGUCCGGGCCAAAGCUGGAGCAGGGCCUCCUCAUACCCAACCAACCUGGCUGCCUUCCUGGCCCAGCCAAGGCCACUGCACGAAAUGAGUGGCUACAGGCUCCCAGAACACACUUCCAUCGCGCCUGCUGGGUAUUGUUCCUUAAUUGCCCCAUCUGUGCAGGGUCUGUUGUCCCAACUAGACUGUGAGCUCCUCCUCAGCCUCCCAACCCUCUCCCCACCCCAUCCCAACCUCAUGCCUGGCACAAGUGGGCCUGUUCUGGAAUUCAUUCAGCAGGCUUUGCCCAGCUCUGGCUGCAGGAUAGAACCACCAGAGCGUCUUUCAGAAAGCUGAUGCUUGGGUCCCACCCCAGAGGUUCUGACUUAAUUGGACUGGCAUGCGGCCUGGCAUCAGAAAUGUUUAAAAGCUCCUGAGGAGAACCCAAGAGUGGGAACCACUGGCAUAUCACCUGCCAGGUGCUUCCUCUGUGGCCUCUCUGGGGUGGGGCUGGAGCCCCAGAGAUGAAUAGCCCCAAGCGCUUCCUCCUUGGGCUCCGUGGCACCCUAGGUCUACUCCUCUCAGGUGGCUUUGAAUACACCUGUCCUCUGUGUUGGCUGCUCCAAUAUGGGGACCCCUGUUCACCUCCAUAUCCAUAGAGUCUAGUGCAGAAAAGGUGUUUGGCAUAUGUCAGCUGAGCUGAACCACACAUGUACGGCCCCUGAGUUUCUGGUCUGGAGAGAGGGGACCUGGUGACAUGGACAGAGAAUGCAAAGCGAGGGAGUGACAGGGAGCACGGCUGGAAGGAGGUUGCAAUGGGGCAGGGGCAACCCUGACUUGAGGGUGGCUAGACCUGAGCUCACAAAGCAUGCCUGAGGGAGACGCUGAGGUCCCUGGUCCUCGUGUGUGGAGGGUGAGGCUGGUACGUGUGUGUCUGCGUGCUGGCAGGACUACAGGGGAUGUCGGUGUCUGUGUGCUAGCACUAACAGUGUGUGGUGUGAGUGCCUAGGGUGUGCCAGUCUGUGUGUGUGUGUGCAGAAAUGAGUGUCUUUGUGUGUCCCUGGGUAACACGUGUGUGUGUGUGUGUGUGUGUGUGUCUGUGUCUGUGUCUGUGUCUGUGUAUGCCGGUGAGUCAGCACCUCUGUAUCAAUGUCACCUGUGCUGUGUGUGUCUUGUGCACCAGUGGCUGUCAACAUCUGUGUGUUGGUAGAUGGCCCAUGAAUACCCCCAGCCCAGGGGAGACCAGGCUGGCUGGAUCCAGUGCGUCUCCCCAGUGGCAGUCUCAGCUCUGGGUCAUGGGGGCUGAGGCGUUUUGUGGCCUUAAAACUGAGAGUCCAGGGCCAGCUCUCAGGGUGUUAGGGUCCCUCCACCCCACCACCUCCAAGCUGGUGUCUGGAGGAGAGAGGACCUCCUGGGGCCAGGUGCCGUACAGGUGGGAAGAGGGGGCGUCUCAGCGUGGCUGCCCUGUCGCUGGGACCACAAGACAGCCACCUGGGGUGCCAAACUAAGCCUGCAAACCAAGUCCUCUCCUCCUGGGACCCUCCUCCCACCUUUGUCCUCUCUGGGACAGCCCUGACACCUCUUUCCCGUUCAUCCUCCUUCCUCCCUGUGCUCUGUGAAAGCCCCUGGUUCAGGCUGUCAGUGCCAGGCUGGGCCUCAGAGGUCCAUACUCCUCGUGGUGCAGUUGAGGAGGGUGAAGCCCAGUGUGGGGAAGGGACUGCAGGUCACAUAGCUAGUUAGGGUGGAGCCAGCCUUGGAAUCCAGAUACUGAGGCCCUGGGGGUGUCACACUGCUGGCCACCGCCCCUGGGGUGGCUUGCCAGGUAAUAGUGGGGAGCUUGGUCAAACUGCCCUGUCUCCAGCUGCUGGUACGAAUGUUACAGAUGUUUCUGGGCCCUGCAUUGGGAGACAUAAUGCUGACCCCUGUCCCAGGUCACAGCCCCUCCCACCCCAGGUCAGGCCUAGGUGCCACAUGGAGGCCGCCUCCCUCUGCCCACACUGGCUGUAGCUGCUGCCCCUCUCCCAGGCUCUCAGAGAGAAGGGACUCAGUACCCCUUCCCCUCCCCUCAGUCGUCACACAAGUCUGGGCUGGGAAUGAAGGUCAGUGUGUCCUGGUGUCCUCAUCCUGUUGACUUCCCCUAAGGACCAGGAGGACCUGGGGGAACAGGGACAAAUCCUGGUAUUUUCUUCUCUCUGGACAGCUCAAGAGGGUUGGGGGGUAUUUCCAGGUCUGUCCCCAAGAAUAGGGUGGGAGAACCUUCUUUGGGGAGUCCCUGUAGGGCCACUAGCUGAGGUUCUGGGUUCAGGGGAACCCUCCCUGCUUUCAACCCUCUCUAAGUCAGUGCUAUGCUUGUGUCUGAGUGUGUGUGUGUGUGUGUGUGUGUGUGUGUGUGUGUGUGCGCGCGCGCGCGUGCGCACACGCGUACGCGAGUGCAUGUAUGUUUGUGAUGGUGUGUGUGCUGGGGCAGAAGGAACACUCUUUCAUGGGUAUCCCUUGACCCUUAGAGCUGGAAGAGACCUUAGAGACCAUCUAAUCCAGUACCCACACUGUACAGGUGAGAAAGCUGAGGCCCAGAGAGGUGGCACAUGCCCACCACCACCCCCUCUCCCUCGUGUCACCUGCAUUCAUUUCCCAGGAGCCCUACGAGGAAUGCCCUCCCUCCUGGCAUUCCCCCCCCCACACACACACACACCCAGCUGCUCACAUAAUCACUAUCUUAGCCCAAUUCUGGCCCCUCCACCCCACUGGUCCCCAGCAUCCUUCCUGCCCCAGGGUGGCCAGCUCACCAAGGCCUUUAUCCCCAUCCCAGGAGAAAGGGCAGGGGAGCCAGGGGACUGCUCCAGCCCUGAGGCCUCAUGAACUUGGGAGAGAAGGCCCCUGCCCAUGCCUGGCCCACCCACCACCAAGGUCAAAGCACAACAGGAGACCCUCACUAACGGGUGAAAGGUACUGGGGUUGUUUUAGUCACACGGCCCCGUCCUCACCCCUUUGCCUUGCUGUCUGUCUCCACCUCAGCCUCUUCCUCCCUCGUCUCUCUUUCACCCCCAAGCCCCCCCAGAUGUAACCUCUAGUUGCGGACGCGGUUGUUUCAAUAAAGCUGCAGUGUUCUA